AUGUUUCCGGAACAUGUUCUUCGUAUCAACGAGCAUCUGGAGGAAGAGCAGGACGACGAUACGCGACCAUGCCCAACGCCAGAGUUCGUGGACACGAGCUUCGAGAUUGGAGUCUGGGAGCCAGUGCCUGUUGAGCCAAGGCGUCGAAGACGCCAAAAGGCUGCGAGAAAGCCGCAUGAAAUUAUCGACUACAGCCAAAUCAACUUCAACAAAAUUGAGGGGCCACCACUUCCACUGGAGCACAACUGCGAAAGGUGCCAAAUACUUCGUCAGGUCAAGAAAAAACUGAGAUGCACACCAUAUCCAGCCGAGUCUUGCUUUUGUACCGAGUGUGUAGAAUCAAGCCAACUGUCGUUUCUGAUUCCUGAUUUGAUGGCACGAGUUACCGAUCACUUGGUCCUGGAAGGAGGCGACACGCUUCGCAGAUGUAGCAAAUAUUAUCUGUACAUCACGUACAAGGGACUGUUGGAAUCGAACGUCCAUCGGCCGUUGAUUGCAUACGUGGGCUGCAACAGACCAAUGAUCCAGACCUACUUAGAGCGAAAAUUCACAAUGAAGACCGUAGACCUGGCCUCAGUUUUCAGAAGCAGACAGGUUCAGAGAAAAAUCCUAGCUCUCGAAACGGAGAAAAUCAAAAUACGCAACAUCUUCCAUGAUGUGGUUUACAAGGCUGCUGCUGAGUAUGGUUACAAUUACCUGGUUGAACACGUGGAAGAUGUACAUUUGGACAGCAUCGGAUGGACACUUGUUAGACAAUUCAAAAAUUUCGACCCUUGCAAGAUUGCUCGUGAAAUUCCGCAUUUCGCUCUUGAAAUCAGCAAAAGAUACUUCGCGCGAUAUCUCAUCAGAGCAAGAACUGCAAGAACCUACCAGCAAAUGGUUGAAAUGUAUCCAUUCAUGGUUUGCAACUCUCGAAUGCGAAACGUAUUUUGCCCUUAA